CCGAUUCACUCUAUCGGCGUGUGUUUGUGGGGACGGGUAGUUGGAGUAAAGGAGUCGCCGGGCGGUAGCGCAUCUCGAAACGCCUUUUUGGGAAAGAAACGCAGGUGAAAAUCGCACCACAGACUGAAGAGGCCAUCCCCAGUGACGACUUCUGGGAAAUUAUUCACCGCAACGACUGCGCCACACGCUCCGCCAACAAAACGCAACCGGGCUAUCAAAUGCUAGCCAGCUAGCAUCCCUGAAACCUGACGGGAUCAAGGUGUUGAUAGCUAGCCUCCCAGCUAAUCAUCCAUCAGUUAGCAUCCACAAACAGACAACGGAGCUUACAGACCCAGCUGCUGUAUUACACCAUCACCCCUUCUCCUCUGCCCCUCUCCCUCCACCCGAAACACUGGAAAUCCACAAGCGGCCGGAGAGCGGCGAAGGGCCGGUGAAGCUGGGGGUGGUUACGCUACCGGACCCGCACGGAGACAAGCCCAGCCGUGGGGAGCUACCGACGACGAUGGCCGUGGACGGGCUGGCCGUGGAGGUUCGCGGCUCGAAUGGGGCCUUCUAUAAGGGUUACAUCAAAGAUGUCCACGAAGACUCCCUCACAAUCGUCUUUGAAAACAACUGGCAGCCAGAGAGACAGUUGCCCUUCAGCGAUGUGCGGUUGCCCCCUCCAUCCGACUACAACAAGGAUAUCGGCGAAGGAGAGGAGGUGGAGGUUUACUCCAGGGCCAACGAACAGGAGCCAUGUGGCUGGUGGCUGGCCCGGGUCAGAAUGAUGAAGGGAGAGUUCUACGUGAUCGAAUACGCGGCAUGCGACGCCACAUACAACGAGAUUGUCACAGCUGAGCGCAUCAGGCCCCUUAACCCCAACAGCCCAUCCUCUCGAAACUCCUUCCACAAAGUCCCCAUCCCUAUCCCAGAAGACCUGAGGGACAUCUGUUCAAAUGACAACAUUCACAAAGACUUCAGGAAAGCUAUCGGAGCCAACUGCAUCUUCUACAGUGCCCAAACACACGAACUCAUUGUGCUGUCUACAAAUGAAACUACAGUAAAGCGAGCAACUCUUUUGAGCGACAUGCAUUUCCGCAGCAUCCGAACCAAGCUUAUGCUAAUGUCCCGCAACGAAGAAGCCACCAAACAUUUGGAGACAAGUAAGCAGUUAGCCUCAGCGUACCAGGAGGAGGUGAAGGUCAGGGAGGACCUGAUGGGCCUCGCCAUCGGCUCCCACGGUGCCAACAUCCAGCAGGCCAGGAAGGUGCCUGGUGUCACAGCCAUCGAGCUGGAGGAGGAGAGCUGCACAUUCAGGAUCUACGGCGAAAGCCCAGAGGCAGUGAAGCAGGCAAGAGAGUAUCUUGAGUUCAAAGAAGACUACUUUCAGGUACCCAGGAACCUUGUAGGCAAAGUAAUCGGCAAAAGCGGCAAAGUCAUCCAGGAAAUCGUGGACAAGUCGGGCGUGGUCCGCGUCCGCAUCGAGGGAGACAACGACAAAAAGCUUCCCCGGGAGGAGGUAGGCAGGCAGGGGGCAGGCAGGGACGACACUGCCAGCGGCAAAGAGGGCAUGGUUCCCUUUGUGUUCGUGGGAACUAAAGAAAACAUCAGCAACGCCCAGGCUCUGUUGGAGUACCAUGUGUCCUAUCUCCAGGAGGUGGAGCAGCUUCGCCUGGAGCGUCUCCAGAUUGACGAGCAGCUCCGUCAGAUCGGAGUCGGUUACCGUGCACCUACCAAUCGAACAGCGGGGCCUGGCACCGAGCGGGAGAAGGGCUACCUGACAGACGAGAGCAGCAACUCACUCCACACAUCUCGCACUUAUGGGGGUCGUGGCAGAGGCCGCAGGACCUCCAACACCCAGUACUCUGGAUAUGGCACAAACUCUGAACUGUCCAACGCUUCUGAGUCAGAGGAUGUGAACGACAGAGACCAGCGGCCCAGAGGCCUAGGUGGAGACGAGAGAGGCUCCCGACGGGGUGGCAGGGGCCGAGGAACUAACUCUGGACGAGGCCGUGGAGGGCCAGGGUCCAAGCCUUCCAACUCCAUCAGCUCAGUGCUGAGGGACCCAGACAGUAACCCAUACUCCCUGCUGGAGGGUGAGGGAGAGCUGGCUGAAGCAGACAUGAGUGAGGGCAUGGGAGGAGACCGCCGCAGACGCUCCAGGCGCCGCCGCAACGACCAGGAGCCCAGUGUGAUGGAUGCUGCUGCAGAGUCUGACGGCCAGACUGGACCCAGCGAGAACGGACUGGAUGACGAAGGCCGACCUCAGCGUCGCAACCGAAGCCGUCGGCGUCGUAACCGUGGCAACCGCCCCGAGGGAGGUUCCACCAGCCGUGACAGACAGACAGCUGAUAGUGUGACCGUUGCCGACUACAUUUCUCGUGCCGAGUCCCAGAGCAGGCAGAAUCUGCCUCAGAAGGAAAACCACACUGGCCCUGAGCCCAAGGAAAACGGGACCAGCGCCCCAAUGCCGGAGUUAACGCCUUCCAAGCGUUCCCCUAGCAAAGGCAUGACCUCGCCCAGCGAGACCCUGACCUUGGUCAACGGGGUCUCGUAAAGAGCCGGCCAUGCCCCUCGCGAAACCCAAGUCUAGAGCAAGACUCCAUGGCAAACUCUGUCCCUGCUUGCAUUAACUUAAACCUUAAACAGAUGAGUGAAAAAGUACCUGACAAAAUACCUGAAUUCAUACUAUGAGAGUGAAAAAGUACAAAAAAACGACAAACGCAUCUACUUAAAAACACACGUUAACGGUGUAUGCUAUCCUAUCUAUCAGUACUUAGUGCUUAUUUAAAAAAAAAAAAACAACUAGCUUGCCAAAAAAGAGCUGGUGGAUAUGACUUGAUUUUUAAAAAUACUGAAAUACGAGAAACAGGACAAGACUUUUUCUUUUGUUUUUCAAACGGUUGUCUUUAUUUGUGUAUUAUUUUUUUUGUUAUGUUGAUUUUGAUCAUUGUUUAUCACUGGUUUGGACAUGGCGGUCGCUCUCUCAACCAAAACAGACGCGUCUCUUAACAGUGUUACAGUGCAGACAAAGAGAGAUGUAAGCUGUAGGGGAGUGGCGCACGAGCAGACAGUCCAAUAGUUUAUAUGACGCGAUGUUCGCACACUGUACCGGGACGUGGAGACAGACGGACAGAUUGGAAUAUUGAUAGACAUUGUGCCUUGAAUUUGAAAAAAAAUAAAUAAAAAAACAUGAGUUUUCCAUUAAGUUUGUUUUUGUUUCCUGAGAGGAAGAAAUGAGGGAGAGACGUUCUCUCUUUGGGUUUUCCUUUUUAUGGUUCCAAGAAGAGAACAGACCUGUGAGGGAGUGAUGAGGAUAGAGAGAGAGAGAGAUGGAAAAAAAAUAAUAAAGGAUACAGAAAAGGAAGAAGCAACUGACCAACAUGAAGGAAUGUGAGGAAAACAGUGGUGCCAAACACAAAAAAUUCAAGGCGCUUGUCCUCAUUCCGAGUAGAAUAGACAGCGUCAGGGUCAGUGCGUGCGUGAUGGCGUACAUGUGUUUGUGUGUGCACAGUUGCGAGAUUUGGCAACCACAAAACUAAACAAGGUGGGGUGAUGUAACAAAAACACAAAGCAGCCCUGGGUGGGGGCACACGGUCAGGCAUCUUCUAUUUAUCAACAGGCCUGAUAAAUAGGGUUCUUUGAGGGGUCCAGGGUGGCACCCACGCAGCCGUGUUAACCAGGACAGGCUGAGACCAGACAAGACGGCAGACUUGAACUCUAGACUUUAGACUUAAAGGAGAACUAAACCGUGCCUCUUUCUCUGUCCGAGGGGGCGGCGGCGUUAGCUUCCAGCCACACUAGUGUCUUGAUAAACCACUGCAGCGCGCAGCUCCGGAUGCACACGAUGGGGCGACCACCUUUUCUGGGGACGGGGGUGCUGCUAGUGGGGGGGGAGGAGGAGGGGGGCCUGGAGAUUGUGGGAAUGGGACAGCUUCAAUUAACAUGAGAGCCACACGACACACAGGCCCACACUUACAGGUACACACAACACACACACCAGGGUGCGCGUAAAAGUCGGCGUGGUCGCACACACCGUGGUGCACGAUAAGAGGACCGCAUCAAGAAACUAAAGAAGCUGAGCGUCCGUCUUGUACCUGGCAGUAUGGGCUGGGGGGGGGGGGGGGGUGGAGUAUGAGAGGGACUCAGAAAAAAAAAAAAUACUCAGUGGCUCUCUGCUCAUGUUGUUACUGUUGUCUUGGUUACCGCUCUCAAGUUCUUUUUGUUGCUAUUUCCACAUCUUAGAAAAUGAAAUAAAAAAUUGAAGUGAAAUCAACCUCUUCUCUGGAGACGAACUUUGAUUUCUCUGUCUUGUGAGUUUGCAGUCUAUUUUUCUAACUCUGCAUGGCAUUUAGUUAAACGAGUAGUCGGUGGUGCCUGUCCCUGUGCAUGAGGAAAGAGGGUGUUUUAUUAAUCUGACUUACAAAGCCAUUGUUUCAUUCACUAGAACUGCUGCUAAUGUACACAUUGAAUGUCCAACUAACGUAGAAACUCGACCCUGAAGAGAGAGAGGGAAACUAUUUGUGGCUUCAAAAGACAAAAAACAAACAAAAUCUCCUCCCUCUUUCUCACCUGGCCCCUGAAAGUUUCUCGAGUUGGAUACGAGUCAGGGGAAGGGGACUCGUUCCUUUCGCUCACAAGUUUUAAAGUCUCACAAAGUAUUAAAAUACAACAUUGUGCAUGACAAAGCAAGCGUCCACAUGACCAAAGGUUUUGAGAGACAGAUAAAACGGAAAUGUGGUUGAAUGGAGAUUGACCCAGAUGCUGCUCUUAUACAGUUCUGCUCACCUGUAUGUUGUGUUUUUAAAGGAUGAACGAGCACUUGAGUAUUUGUACCUUGGUUAAGCUGCAUGUGUGUGAGUGGAGGACGAGGCCCUAUCUUGUAUGUUUGUGUUUACCUUUAUACCUCAUCGUGUGAAUACUGUAUUUUCCUUAUGUAUCUGAACCCCUCCCGUCCUGUUGAAAGACUGCUGGCUGCUGUGUGUGUGUGCGCCUGUGUGCGUGUGUGUGUUUGUGUGUGUCUGUGUGGAUGCUGGUUGUACAGUCGACUCCUCACUCUGUCAGAUUUUGUCUCUGGUUUUCUCACUCAUGUUCUGAUGGCAAUAAAGGACUUUUCAUUGUUUGGUAUACA